AUGGAUUUUAUUUCAAGACUCACAACAACAGAAUGCGUUUCUCUGUUAUUAUUAACACUCCUAACAAUUGCAAUCCUGCAUAAUAUGUUGAGGAAAAAGAACGAAGUGAACAUGCACUCUAUCGGAACUAUUGAGAAAGAAUGUAAGGAUUUUCAAGCCUCGGAAGCAGCUGCAAAUAAUGACAUGAGUAAACAAAUCCAUGAUGAGCAAGACGCGAGUAAUACAUAUUCCGAUGCCUAUGACGAGCGUGAGAGUAUUUCAAUGAGAAAUUAUUCUUCUUGGACCACUCUUCAAGCGACUUCGUUAAUGAUUUUGGAUCGAAAAUCGGAAGGUGUUGGAUUGAGGUACCAAUCUGGCAUUGUUUUGAAUAGCAUCAAUUUUUCAGGUAUCUCUCUUGUUGCACUGGUAAAAGAUCUCUCUCACUUUUCUGUUGAAGAAAGCACAGACAGGCUCCAGCAGAAGUUUGGUUUGAUGAUACCCCGAGAAGAGUGCGCUCUUAUUGUGAAAUGGGUAAAGAGAAAGUUGAUGAACCCUAUUGGUAGUGUGAAAAUUCCAAAACAUCCAUUUAACUUUAAUCACAGUGCAAAAUUCAUUGAAGUUGUUGGAAUUAUGAUGAAAGAAUUUGAAAGUUUCUGCCAGUCAUUAGAAUCGAACAGGAAACUAAGCCUCGAUUUAUUCAAUGAAAGAAUGCGAAGUAUUGACUGUGAGAAUUUAUCUUCUCCCAUUUUGUUGUUGAACAUUGACGGUAGCUGUUUGGAAGAACCAAAAUCCUCACAGUACAUUUCUUGUGAUCUGGCUGCUACUUUUCCCAGUGACAAGUAUGAUGGUAUUGUCAAGGCAUUAUUUAGAAGUCAAGAUCCAUAUAAUGUAGUUGUUUUAAUUGAAGCUCCUGGAGCAGGAAAAACUCACCUAUGCUACCACCUUACAGGUCUCAAGAAAAUGGUUCUUCCAAUUACAUCAGUACUUUGCAAAUAUCUGUUCGUUAAAAUAUCUAGAGCUCGCAGCGCUCCUCGAGAUGUGAUGGACAAGAUGUUUAAACAAUUUUUACUCACCUAUCUCAAUAUUGCCAAAGUUCUGUUCCUCAAAACAGUCAACCAAUCCACUCUAUCUCCUAACAUGAUAUUGAUCUAUCUAUUGAAAUUUUUCUGGAACGGAGGAGCAACAACUUUGAGAGAGUUGUUAAAGACUGCACUUGAAUCAAAUGGAGAAGAACUGGUAAACGUGGAAAUUCCAUCAUGGGGGAACAUGGACCAUGCUUUCAUUUUGGACGAGGCACAAAUCUUGACAGCACAUCUGCCAGGAAUGGUUUCUAGCACAAACUCCAAAUCUUAUCUUGGGAAUGCUUUAACCUUAAUCACGUCCGGUGCUAGAACAUUUGCUCCUGUCAUUUUAACUUCCACCUUUGUCAAGUGCAUUGAGCAGUAUAUAGAGUCGUCCAACGCACAAGCUCCAAAUAAGCUGUCAAAGGAAAUAUUCUCAUAUGAACUUUCCACAACCCUACCACCAAUGCAUGCUUUGCAAGUAGUUCCCUUUUUAAGUAUGUUCAUUCGAACAAACAAUGAUGAUUCUCCUCAUAGUAUUUGGAAUCUUGUUUCCAUAUUUCUUCAAGGGACAUUUAGAAAUGCUGAAGAUUUUCUCUGGAGAUUGUUUUGUGAAACCGAAUCUAGAACAACCAAUAAGGAAACGUCGUUAACUAACGCUGUUUACCGGUCUCUCAAUAGGUUCAUGCAAGGUCAAUUUAUUAACAUGAAAAAGAAUAGUUUAAGCAAUGACAGAAGGCUAAAAAGCAAAAGAAAGCUCAAGAAUACCGAAGCUCUAUUUUUACGGUUGGCAUUAUUAGGAGAAGCUACUUUUUCAUUAUCUGACCAAAAGACACUCUUUUCUCGUUAUCUCAUGAAAAAUGGUGUCACAUAUACAUUUGAGUAUUGUAAGAAUCAUCAUUUCAAAAUUGUUAGUCCUAUAGAGAAGGCGAAACUCCUCACUACCAUACAUUUUAAAAAGGUAUUUGGAACUUUUGAAUGCAUGGACAUUUGCCAAACAAAAAAGGACUAUUCUCAAAUGUCUCAGAUUGCCAUGAUUUAUUUUCUACUAUACCAUUUCAAUUCGUUUGUUGAAAGUAGUUCCUUAAGUGGAACAUAUUUAACGGAGUUCUCUUUGAAGGCUGAAUAUUUUAUGGAAGAUUUACAGAUAUCGGAACUGAGUAACAAUUUGGGUAUGUCCUUAUCUUCUCUCCUUGUUCACACAAUUUACAGGAAUAUGAAUGGAUUUAAUGACGACAAUAAUCCAUAUCCAUUUUCAGAAGAAGAUAGUUUGUUGAGCAAGUUUAUUAUUCGCCCUCCUGAAUUUGCUGGACCUGAUGUUUUAGGCAUGCUGGUUCGAAGAUCAAACAACGCAUGUCCCAAUAUCAUACCUCUUUCCAUGUCAGUCACGGCCCAAACUUCCAUUCCAAAAUUGAUGAAAGAUUAUUUGAGAACAGAUAUCUCCAUGAUUUAUUCAGAAAAGAAGAAUAUUCAAGCAAAUUCCGUUCAUUCAGUUAGUUUUGUUGAAAAGGAAAAACAAUUUAUUGCUCCAGCAAUUAAGGAAAUUGUGCAACAAGGAAAAAUAUUGCGGAUUAUUGCGAAACCAAAUGCUCUGGAAACAACAUCUUUAAGAGACAGAAUAAUUCAGGAGUACGAACCGGAAAAUUAUGUCACUGAAGAAGAUAGAUUGAAAUUAAUAGAAGUGUCAAAAUGGGCCGUUAUUACAAAGGAAGGAAAUAUCGUGUAUGAAAUAUGUGACUCUAAUCAGGAAUGGUGUGAUUAUUUGGAGAAGAAUGAGCUCCAGUUUCUGAAGAAUUUUUUCAACACCUCAAAGUUAAACCCUUAA